ACGUGAUUGGCGAAAAAAAAAAUAGAAAAUCUUUAAAAAAGAUUGCAUCUUUUUCGUUCAUCGUUCAAAUCCGAAAACAGGGAUGGUAUUAAUAUCUCUAGGCAAAACUUCAAUCGCGUGAUGAAUUAGAAUUCAAACCGCAAGUCGAGUUAUUAGAAACUAGACUAGAAAUCUCUGAUUUAUAUAUUUAUGUUCGAAUGAAUCAUUUCAUUUCAUUAUCAUUAUCGUUAUUACUUAAUGUUCUGUGAGAAAAAUUUUAGCCAAGAAUCGACGGGCAUUGAACUGAUGUUUUGUUGCAAGCGUAGCCUGUAAUAAUAAUCAGGCGAAAGUUUUCCUCUUCCAAUGCAACAAACUAUUGUUUUUUUCUUUGUCUUUUGUCGAGUGGUGCGCUAUCUUGGUUUUGAAAUGAGCGCCAUUGUAGGCGUGGUUUGCCAUCCCUCCCCCAUCCGGCUGACUCGGUUGUGGGAUUUUGUCGGUAGAGUCGACUGUCAUGGCUGCCCCCACAACCUUGACGUCCUUCGUUAGCGUCCUUCAACGUCCUCUUCUUUUCACCUCGUAACCGGUUUCAAUUAAGUUUUACAUCGCGGAAUUCGUGUUGAUAAACAUCGUGACAUUGUGCCCGACGUGAUUGUGCUAUUGAAACGAUCGUUACUUUGUCCAACGGCCAGGUAAUUGGGAUUUUCUCUGACACCAGUCCGCUGGUUCGUUUCCUUUCGUAAGGUCUGUUUUGGUGCGUUCCAAACCGAACGAUACUCGCCUUUAUCAACAACUUUUUCUGCUGCUGGCCAGCGAUAUUUCUCUCUCGUAGCCGAGAGGCACCAGUGUCGUCCACACCCAAAUCCCGUUCGUUGAUUUCUGCCCAGUUUGUUUGAAUGCAAGGCUGAAAUUGUUGAUAAUUUUUUCUUUCUUUCUGGUUGUUCCUCCUUUGUUUGGUUCUGGCGAACAACGGUGCAAUUUCAUUUCAUCUUGACAGGCCAAUAAUCGUGUCUUGUAUACUCGGUCCUCCCUUAUUCGCCUGUCUAGUGUAGUGUGUGUCUACUCCCGAACAACGUCCAUUCCAUCUAAAUCUUUGCCCUCCCACUAGAAGAAGAAAAACAAAAUCUCCUUUUGGCUUAUUUUUCUGGAACGUGUCAUUAGUUAUGGAUGCUGAAUCACCGUUCUGUUGUUACCACCUCUUUCUUCACUAACCUCUUGAACUUUUUCCACGCCAACAUUUUCUCGCUUUUUGUGUGUUCGUUAUUUAAAAAAAGAAGAUUUACGGCUGCCAAAUCUUGUGUCACAUCUCGGGCCUCCUCCUUGUUUCUUUCUUCGCCAUUAUGUUUUACACAUCUCCUUCUUUUUUUUAUUGAGAUUACUAUACAUUUCCGCGAGUAAUUCUCGAUUCCCAUCAAAGAGAAAAAGCACAGCAGCCAAGUCGUCAAACUGUGUAAAAAGAAGGAAAUAAAAAUGGAAGAAGAUUGCCGGCCUUUGGGUUCAGAGGGUCACGAUAUCGUCGACGUCGAUGACGACGCCACUUCUGUAACGGACUCUGAGUUGUCGGUAGCUUCGUCGAGUCAUCGCCAUCAGUUGGAUCAUCAGCGGGAAAUUCUGACAUCACCGCCACAGACGACGACGACGACCCACGAAAUCGAUAAGAAACGAACAAAGAAAACGGCCCAAAAAAAGUGCCCGGCAACCAAGAAAACUCGGUCCAAACCGACUGCCAAGAAAAAGAAGAAAACGACAACGACGACAAAAACAACCGGCCAAACGGUGACAAGUCACGUCGAUCACGCAGCCGAAACAGCCGGCGAUAGCGGGUCCGAGUCCAGUUGCGGCCUGGAGGCCAGCGUCGAACAGGUGGCGGAUCGUUUUGCCCAGGGCUGCGAAUGUCGCGACGGAAGUGACUCGUGUUUCAGCAACAUCAAUCCCGAAUCGGCUUAUCGACAUCGGCUCAACAUUGCCGAACUGACCCGCAGCGAGCACGACAUGUACCUCAUGGGCGUCACUAUGGCCUCCCUAUCCAAUCCGGAAGAGACGGCCCGGCGCACCGAACGGAAACGUUUACACACACAGUAUGUCUUCCAGGGCAAGAAAAUCUGCCUGGAAGCCUUCUUGUACUUGGAGAAUUGCACGCAAUACCAAUUGAAGCGGAUUCGCAAGCACAUCAUGACGCACGGAGUGACUCCUCGCGUGCACGGCAAUCACGGCAAACGGCCGCACAAUCGCUUCUCGCUGGACAUUUAUCAACAGGCCACCGCCUUUCUGCAGAGUUACAUCCAGCGAGCCCAGAACAAACAGUCCGGAAGGAAUAUCAACCAGCCCACCAGCAAAACCAAAGGCAAGUCUGAGCGAUCCGCCGCCGUCGUUCUUCCGCCCGACAUCAACUACAAAACGGUUCACUCGGCUUACAAGGAGUACAUGGAACAUUUCGAACCUGGAACCAAAUGGCUGGGAUUCUCGACGUUUCGACAUUUUAUGAAGCGGCAAUUUCCGCUGGUCAAGUUCAGUAGUCCGGCGACCAUUCCAUCGGCUUCCGAGCCGCUCCACUCGCCAUCUUACGGCGGGACGUCUUCCGGCGCUUCCAGCGAGCCGAAACACCUGGAAUCGCCACCGCCAGUCGUCACCACUGAUCGUGUUGUUGUUGUUGUUGUUGCGGAAGACUCGGCUGUCUGCCAGAAGACAGCGCCAGUGGCGGCGCCUGCGCCAGCUACUCCACCUAGUCCAGCGGAGGAGGAGGAGGAUGUUCCGCUCGAAUGUCGGCCGGCUCCAGUCUGAUCGAUGAAGCUUCGAGAUGGCGCUGCCGUAGACUUUGUGUGUGUGUUGAUAUCGCUCCCCCCUUCGCUUCUUCUUCUUCUCUAUUGCCGAGUAUGUUCUAUACGACAUGCGAUGCGUGUGCUUAUUGCCCGCGUUCCGAAUCUCCUGGCUGCUAUUACGUUUUGCCCACCGCAUUCUGUACACCAUCUUCCUCCGACUCGGAGCUCACAUCUGUCGUUACUCCCUUUGCUCUUUCAUCGAUUGGUUUCGACAACAAAACAAAAUUUGAAUUGGUUCAGGAAUUGUCUUGACCGCUCUGCCAUCCUCCUGUGUGCCCGUGAUUGUAUAUAUACAACUCCUUUAUAAGUGAG